UGAAAGGUCAGAGCGCGGCGGCGGGUCUGGCUGGCGGCGGCGGCGGGCGAGAGUGGAUAGCCCGGUGUGCACGUGUGGAGAAGCGGCGGCACAGCGCGGCGGCGGGAGACACCCCCGCCCCCUCCGGAGACGCAGGGCUGCGAUUGACUCUCGCGGCCUCCGUCACCCGCUCAGCUCCCUUCCCUAGGCGGGGAGGCCGGCUUGUGGGGGUUGAGUGGCCCGAGCUGAGGGCGCGGAGAGCUCAGGGCGGAGACGACAACGGCGUUGAUACCGGUGGUAACAACGGCCUCAGCAGGCGGGGAAGAUGAAAGGUAGCCGGAUCGAGCUGGGAGAUGUGACACCACACAAUAUUAAACAGUUGAAGAGACUAAACCAGGUCAUCUUUCCAGUCAGCUACAAUGACAAGUUCUACAAGGAUGUGCUGGAGGUUGGCGAGCUAGCAAAACUUGCCUAUUUCAAUGAUAUUGCAGUAGGUGCAGUAUGCUGUAGGGUGGAUCAUUCACAGAAUCAGAAGAGACUUUACAUCAUGACACUAGGAUGUCUGGCACCAUACCGAAGGCUAGGAAUAGGAACUAAAAUGUUAAAUCAUGUCUUAAACAUCUGUGAAAAAGAUGGCACUUUUGACAACAUCUAUCUGCAUGUCCAGAUCAGCAAUGAAUCAGCAAUUGACUUCUACAGGAAGUUUGGAUUUGAGAUUAUUGAGACAAAGAAGAACUACUAUAAGAGGAUAGAGCCUGCAGAUGCUCAUGUGUUGCAGAAAAACCUCAAAGUCCCUUCUGGCCAGAAUGCAGAUGUGCAAAAGACAGACAACUGAACAAAUUAGAAAUGAACUUUCUUGCACUUGCUUGUCGCCAAAUAAAAGAGAAGCCCAUUGA